CCGAGGGUCUGUUAUAUCUCUGUUCCUUGAGUACCUCUCUCACUGAGACCGACCACAGCAAGCAGAGGCUGAAAAAUAAAGAGCAAAGAGGAAGAAAACAAAAGCUGCCAAUUAUGGAAGAUAGAAGGGAGUCUGAAGUGAAGAUAUUUUGCUCUAAAAACAUACUGGGCAUCCUUGGCUUCUCCUCUGUCAUCGCUGUGGUAGCACUGCUCGCUCUGGGGCUGACCCAGAACAAACCACUGCCAGAAAAUGUUAAGUUUGGGAUUGUGCUGGAUGCGGGCUCUUCUCACACGAAUUUGUACAUCUAUAAGUGGCCAGCAGAGAAGGAGAAUGACACAGGGGUGGUGACUCAGAUAGAAGAGUGCAAAGUAAAAGGUCCUGGAAUCUCAGAAUUUGCUCAAAAAUUAAAUGAAAUAGACAUUUAUCUGACUGCAUGCAUGGAAAGAGCCAGGAAAGUGAUUCCAACAUCCCAGCACACAGAGACACCUGUUUACUUGGGAGCCACGGCAGGCAUGCGGUUGCUCAGGAUGGAAAAUGAACGGUUGGCAGACAAGAUCCUGGCUGCGGUGGCAAACAGCAUCAGCAGCUACCCCUUUGACUUCCAGGGUGCCAGAAUCAUCACUGGCCAAGAGGAAGGUGCCUAUGGCUGGAUUACUAUCAACUAUCUGCUGGGCAGAUUCACUCAGAAAUUGAGUUGGUUUAACCUGAAACCAAGUGAAGGCGAUACUCAGGAAACCUAUGGAGCUUUAGACCUUGGGGGAGCCUCUACACAAAUCACUUUUGUGCCCCGAAACGAAACGACUGAGUCUUCUAACACCGCUCUGCACUUUCGUCUCUAUGGCAAGAACUACGGUGUAUACACACACAGCUUCUUGUGCUAUGGGAAGGAUCAAGCCCUCUUGCAGAAACUGUCCAAGGAUCUUCAGGGUACAAAUGGAACCAUCCGUGACCCAUGCUUUCACUCUGGAUACCGGAGGAAAAUGAACAUGAGUGACCUUUAUGAGGCUCCCUGCACCAGGAGAUUUGAGGCGACUCUUCCAUUUCUUCCAUUCCCUGAAUUUGAAAUCCGUGGCACUGGAAACUAUCGACAAUGCCGGCGAAGCAUCCUUCAACUCUUUAACAUCAGUUACUGCCCUUACUCCAGCUGUUCCUUCAAUGGGAUUUUCUUGCCACCCCCCCAAGGGAAUUUCGGGGCAUUUUCAGCUUUUUACUAUGUGAUGGAGUUUUUAAACCUUACAUCAGAGGAACAGUCAACUCAUAAAAAGAUGAUUAACACAUUGGAAAAGUUCUGCUCUCGGCCUUGGGAAGAGCUGCAGAUGUAUUUUGGUGAAGUGAAGGAGAAGUACCUGAGUGAAUACUGCUUUUCUGGCACCUACAUCCUCGCUCUUCUUCUGAAUGGCUAUCAUUUUACAGCUGAGUCCUGGAAGAAUAUUCACUUCAUGGGCAAGGUCCGGAGCACCAGCGUCGGGUGGACUUUGGGCUACAUGCUGAACCUGACCAACAUGAUCCCAUCUGAAGAGCCACUGUCCACACCUCUCUCCCACGCCACAUACGUCUUCCUCAUGGUCCUCUUCUCCCUGAUCCUGGUCAUAGCGGUCAUAAUAGGCAUAUUUAUCUUUCACAAGCCUUCGUAUUUCUGGAAAGACAUGGUAUAGCAGGAACAGCUGAAAUCUGCUGGCUGGAGUGAGAAGAAAACUUGGCCAGGGAGUACUUUCCUCCACAGUGGUGUACAAGGCCAGUCUUGACCAGCAUGAAGCUUCCUUGGCUUUUGCUGAAGCCUUUCCAUGGGAGGUAUUUACCACCCACUGCCUCAAGAACUUCCUGGCAGACAUUGUCUCUUUUGUGAGUCUCUCCAAACUCCCCCCUUUCUCUUUUGUACUCUGUGCUUGUGUAGGUCUUGAAGACCUGUCUCCUUUCAUGAUAGUUGCUUUAUAAAAGAACAAUAUUGACUUUAUCCAGAAGAACUGAGAGUCCUGAGUCCUGUGCUGGGAAGUUGCCCUGGCUAAAAGAAGAAUCUUGGGAACUGAUUCAGUUGUGGUCUUACAGACCCUUUCUCUCUCCUGUUUCCCAUUUAUUAAGAAAGCCAUCCAAUGCCUUUGGAGAAGACAGACACAUAUCCCAUGCCCAGCCUGCCCUUUGCAUGGCAGAAUUUUCUAGUCUAGGCAAUGUGUGCUAGGGCGAAAGAGUCUUACAAAGGAAUUUAUGGGAUGUGCAGUUAAUCCAAUAGUUAAUCCAAGACAAAAGAGGGAUGUGGGUUAAGUCACAUAUUCCUGGGUGAUGCCAAAAUGCUAGAGUGGGACACCCAGACCAGAGAUUAUUUAAAAAGCUGCUGUACAUAUACAUAGGCAUUCAAAUAUCAGGGCAUAUUAUCUGGUAGGUGUACACAUGUCAGGAAGAAAAAUACAGUUACAACACAAGGUCAGGAAAGUGUAUCCUCCAACACAUCUAUUGGGGUUUUGUUUUUAUUGCAGUAAAAUGCAUAUAACCUAAAAUUCACCAUUAUGACAUAUACAAUUUAGUGGCAUUUAGUACAUUCACAGUGUUGUGCAACUGUCACCAAUAUCUAAUUCCAGAAUAUUUUCAUCACUAAGAAAUUAUUGGCUGGGGAUAAGACCAUCCUGUGGUAGGCUUGAACCAUCAACCUUUCCAUUUAGCCAAGCAUGCUAACCAGUAGCACCACAAAGAUGCUCACUGAGUUUUAAAGCCAUGCCAUAUAUUACUGUCCCAGGGUUUAAUUUAGUGAAAGAGUUGCAUUAGUGCAGAGUGGCAUGCCUUUUUUGCUGUCAUGGUAUUUACACAACAAAAUGUGCCAGGAACCACAUCUGCAAGUUUUGCUGCCAGUUCUAGGUACUUUUGCUUUAAGCAUCUUUGCCAUAGACAUUUUUGCCACAAACAUUUUCACUGCAAAUAAUUGGUUUUAAAGCAAUUUUGCCAUAAAAGAUAAAAUAAUGGAAAAUCAAAGAGGGAUAAUUAAAAGGACAUAAUGAAACAAAUAACAAAAUUCAAGACUUAUUGUGAAAUAUAAAAUAAUUUGAGUACAUUUAAAGUGUAUGUUGAUUCAUGGCAAUACUGUGCAUAUAACGGAUUUUAUUUUGUGGGUUGUAUCUAAGCACUUGUCUUCCAAGUCUUUCAUUCAUAGCAUUUUAUACUUUUUUUUUUUUUGCUCAUUGAUUUGUCUCCUCGUUCUGCAUCGUACUUUUUCUUUUUUGCUAAAAUUUCUUCCUUCGUAAAGAGCGAUGUAAGUUUCCAAAUACUUAGAGGCAUCUUUGUAACUGAGCUUUGUGUUGUGUUUUGAAAGCUUCUACACGGUUGUUGUUUGUUCUUGGCAUAUUGUCACGUGCCCAUUGAUAGAUGUUCCAAAGUUGUGUGGGAAAUGUGGGUUCACCUCUGCACUUUCCAGGACCUUGGCCUCUUUCUCCUCCACUGUAGUGUGUUUCAAAAUAAGAAACCAACUUUUGGGGCAAAUCACUGUCAUAUGCCAGCUCGAUAAAGCCAUCAAUAAUGUCGCCAACUGGAAGAAAUGCUAACACAUUUCAACCAGUUGAAACCGAACUGUCAAACCAAAAACUGUCAACCAGUUAUUUUAUCUUUCACAGGGAAUUUGCCUUACAGCCAAUUAGUUAUUCGACGAAAAUGUUUAUUGCAGAAGUGCUUGUGGCAGAGAUGUCAAUGGCAAAGAUGCUUAUGGUGAAGGUACCUAGAACCCAUUUCAACAUGUAAUUAAUAUAUGUUGUUAAUGAGAUUUUUGUUUUUUAAUAUUAAGUUUUUGAAAUCUGUUGUGUAUAUUACACUUACAGCACAUCCUAAUCAGCACUCCAUUUCAAGUGCUCAAUAGCCACGUGUGACUAGUGGCUACCAUAUUGAAUAGCACAUGUCUAAAAGUACAUUCAAAGCUAAAAAGACACAGGCAAUAACACCUUGUCUUUCUCUUGAGGGGGGGAAUUUUCUUUGAACAGCUAUAGAUGCUAUAACAUCCUUGCUAUUAUUUAUUAUAUAUGAAGUUUAACAUUAUUCUUAACAAGCUUUUAACAUCCCAGCUCAGAAUUUCACAUUACUCCUCAGGUUUUGUUGCCUUUUUUGUGAAGACAUAGAUGCCUAUUAUUCAGACCAAGAUGCCUGAUGAAAGACCUUUGGGAAAUUUAAUCUGGAUUCAAAGAUUAUACAAGAUAAUUGGAUGCUUAUAUUCUAUGGUCAAAAUGUAAAUUUGAAUAUUAAAAUAAAGAUUAGUCUCUUAAUAGCUCACAGAGCAAAGUUUACCAUAUAAUAGUAACGUUACUAUUAAAAUAUAUUCUCAUUUAUUGUCAGUUUGAAAGA